GACGGUGAGAGGUUCACUUGGUGCUCGUCGCGCUGCGCGGUCACUGACCGAUACGGUGUCGACCUCCGCCCUUACGACCCGCCACGGACGCCUUAACACCUAAGCUUUGCAUUGCCAGUCCAUAACAACAAUAACAAAAUAAAUUCUAAUAAUGAUGAACUCGAACAAUUAGACAAUCCAGUGAUAUUAUAAAAUGAUGACGAACGUUCAAAUAGUGAUAUCGUGAUGUAAGUGAUAAAAGAUUAAAAGUGAUGUUGGGCUACCGAGUCUUAUAGUUGUGUAGUGGACUUUUGGUCAUCAAAAUGACGAUGAAAUCGCUGAAAUACAGCGAACGGGACGAUAUGAUGGAGGGCUUCAGUCCCGUUCCUCCGCCGCUGCCUAGACGUCAGCCGGUGCGAAACAUCUACGCGGAACCCUUCGUAGAUCCGAGGAUGACCGGGACGGGUAUGUCUAGUGGCAUGGGCGGAGGCACGCUGGGCGGCCACUGCCAGCUCGCCAACCAGCCGCUGGUGAUGCCGGUGUUCCCGCUGCGAGCCAGCCAGCCCAGCCCGGUGCCGGUGUAUUCGCCUUCCCGGUUUCACAUAGACAAACGAUGUCAGCAUAGGUGCACGUGGAAAUGCCUAGCCAUAGCUAUGAUAUGUCUUUGCGUGAUACUCGCAGCUAUGCUCGCAUACUUUAUAGCAUUAUCGUCAAUUAAAAGUAAUAUAGACAAUUCUAAUUGUAUACUGGUACAAGAUGUUAAAGCAGUAACGCAUUCUCACGGCAACCGAGAUGCAUUAUCAACAUCUUCUCCAUCAGAUGAAUCGAUAUCUACAUCAUCUCUGGGUUGGUCAACGACGGCGGAAGCAGCUAUAGAAUCAGCGGUAAUACCUCAACAGGCACAACAAGCUGCGCCACCGCCGUGGUCUCCCGCGUUCGAAGUUAGAGAUUUCGACCAACUGCACAGUGCCACAAUACCUGCCUAUCAAUUUUGGAGCUCUGAAUUUAGAAAUAAACAGCCAGCCUUCGUGAGUCUUAAUUUUACAGUACCGUGGGGAGCAAACUUUGCCGUUUAUGGGAGACGAAAUGUAGCACCGAGUGUAACACAAUAUGAUUUUGUUGAAUUCAUACGAGGAGGUCGAGUAGAUCAUCGACUGAGACGUAGAAGAAGCACUCUAUCGCGGGAUAUAACUGAUCACAACUUUAAUGAUAUUGAGUCUUUGUUUACCUCGUCGAGAUCAUACCAAAGAUGGAAUCAUACGUUAACGAAAAGAUCCACAGACAUGAGAGUAAACGUUAGUAUACUUCAAUAUCUGGAUACCGGUAGAUGGUUUAUAUCGGUAUAUAACGAUGAACUUCAACCACAUGAUGUAGAAAUGAUAGUAUCUGAGGCUGAAGGCGUUACGAACUCAUGCCCAGAUGACUGUUCAGGACAUGGCUCUUGCUAUCUAGGAAAAUGCGAUUGUAUGGAUGGAUACGAAGGACACGAUUGUUCAAAAAGCGUAUGUCCCGUACUUUGUUCCGGUCAUGGUGGUUACGCGGGCGGUAUUUGUCAUUGCUCAGAAGGAUGGAAAGGAGCUGAAUGCGACGUGCCGGCCCACGAUUGUGAGCCCGCCGAUUGUUCGGGACGGGGACAAUGUGUCGCGGGACAGUGUCAUUGUAAACCUGGAUGGAAAGGAGUUAAAUGUGAUGAAGAGGAUUGUCUGGACCCGACUUGCGGCGGGCAUGGCUCGUGCGUCCGUGGGCGCUGCGUGUGCCGCGCGGGCUGGCGAGGCGCCGCGUGCACGGAGCGGGACGCGCGUGUACAGCGCUGCCUGCCCGCGUGCUCGCAGCGGGGCGUGUACGAUCUCGAUGCGGGAAGAUGCGUUUGCGACCCGCUGUACACGGGCGAUGAUUGUUCGCAAGUGGUAUGUUCUCUGGACUGCGGCCCACACGGCGUUUGCGCGGAAGGUGUGUGCCGCUGUGAUGACGGCUGGACAGGAUCGAUGUGCGACCAAAGACCUUGCGACACCCGUUGUCAUGAACACGGACAAUGUAAAAACGGGACUUGCGUGUGUACUCAGGGAUGGAAUGGAAGGCAUUGCACGAUACCUGGUUGUCCCAACGGAUGUUCUCGUCACGGACAAUGUCUACUGGAAGAUGGCGUCUACCGCUGCUCAUGUGCCGACGGUUGGGCAGGGACCGACUGCUCCAUCGCUCUCGAACUUACCUGUAGCGAUAAUGAAGACAAUGAUGAAGAUGGCAUGACGGACUGCUCGGAUUCUGAAUGCUGCAGUCGACCGGAAUGCUCGGAGCACAUCAUGUGCUUAGCUUCCAACGAUCCCGUCGAAGUUCUACUACGUAAGCAACCACCAUCAGUCACCGCAUCAUUUUAUCAACGCGUCAAGUUCCUCAUUGAAGAAAACUCCGUCCAGAGCUACGCACAUAUGGACGAAUAUUCAGAAAGCGAGUUCUGGAAUUCCUUUACACCAUGCCGAGUAUCCGUGAUGCGGGGCCAAGUAGUGUCCCCUCAGGGCCUGGGAAUUAUCGGCAUCCGAGUGUCCGUGGACCGGGAGGCGCGUUUUGGAUUCACGCUCACCAGACAAGGAGGAUGGUUCGACGUGCUCGUCAAUGGAGGAGGAGCGGUGACGCUGCAGUUCCAGAGAUCGCCCUUCAAGCCUCUGCGGAAGACGGUCUUCGUGCCGUGGAAUCAAAUUGUGGUACUGCCUCCAGUGCAGAUGGAGUUGAGCGACGAAAAUGUCAAAGUACCAACACCGAGAGCCCCUCCACUGCUGGGCUGGUCGCCAAUGCCUCAAUGGUGGGAAUCCAACGCACCUCCCUGUGGGGUACACGACCAUGAGCGGUUAAGGCCAGAGGUAGUCGCCAUGCCAGCUCUAGCUGCGCCGGCAACAUCUUCUCCAACAACCACUACUGUUAUUUACCCGGAGGCUCAGAUCGUCAGCGAAUCAAUCGGUAUCCCGGGCUCAUCAGUGAAACUAACUUACCGUUCGUCCCAAGCCGCCGGCUACCUCUCUUGUGUGCACAUACAACUCACCCGCAAGAUCGUACCAGCGGCGCUAACCAGGGUCCAUGUGAGAGUGGAGAUAGAGGGCUCUUUGCACACGCAUACGUAUGAAGCUGAUCCUGACUUGACACAUGUGUUCGCGUGGAAUAAACGCAAUGUGUAUAAGCAAAAGGUAUACGGACAAGCUCAAGCGAAAAUUUCCAUCGGCUAUGAAUAUACAUCCUGCGCCUCAAUUGUGUGGGAAACUCAAACAGCGACUCUUGCCGGGUUCGAUGUAGACAUAUCGGAUAUCGGCGGGUGGGGUCUGGAUAUCCACCAUCAUUAUAACUUCCACGAAGGUGUAUUACAGAAGGGUGACGGCGCGUUAUUACAUUUGAAACAGUACCCCAGAACUGUACAGGUGGUUAUGGGAACAGGACUUCAAAGAACUCUUGAAUGCCCAGAUCAUUGCAAUGGCAAAGCGGCAGAUUCAAGACUAUUGACCCCUACUGCAUUAACUUCUGGUCCUGAUGGAUCACUAUACGUUGGAGAUUUUAAUCUUGUUCGUCGUAUUACACCCGAAGGAGUGGUUACUACAGUUCUUCAAUUAGAAACAACUCAAGUGGCAUACCAAUACUAUAUCUGCAUAUCGCCUGCCGAUGGUUAUCUUUACAUAUCAGAUUCAGAGAGGCAUCAAGUAAGAAGAGUUAUAGUUUUGGAUAAAGUAAGAGAUCCUACUGCGAACUCUGAGCCAGUUGUUGGCAGUGGCGAUCGAUGCGUUCCCGGGGAUGAAUCUAAUUGCGGUGAUGAGGGACCUGCUAUUAAAGCCAAGUUGGCCCACCCUAAAGGUCUUGCUAUAGCAGCAGAUAGAACCAUGUACAUCGCAGAUGGAACAAACAUUCGAGCUGUCGAUCCCAGUGGUAUUAUUCACACCUUGGUAGGACAUCACGGUCAUCAUAACCAUUGGUCACCAGUACCGUGUCGGGGAGCCAUCGCUCCUUAUGAAGCCCAACUACAAUGGCCUACUGGAGUAGCUUUGUCUCCUCUUGAUGGAUCUCUUUACUUUAUAGACGAUAGAGUUAUAUUAAAACUGACUGUUGACAUGAAAAUAAAAGUAGUUGCUGGUCAACCUUCACAUUGUCGAUUAGGAAGUGAUGGUAAACCUAUUACAAAAUCAAACAAAACUACUACUGACUUUAGGGAAGACUCUAAUCUUGGAACUAUACUAGCAAUAGGUUUUGCUCCAAGUGGCAUUUUGUAUGUAGCCGAAUCGGAUUCCAAGAAAACGAAUACUAUUAAGACGAUUGACCCAUCAGGCAAAAUUUUACAUUUUGCUGGAAAGUUACAAGAGAACUUGAAGGAAUUGAGCUGUGAAUGUAAUUCUUCGUCAUCUGCUACUGUUAUUCCUGUAAAUCCAAGAGAUGAAGGCGCCGGUUGCCCCUGUAAACUAAGUGUAGCAGCUGGAGAUGAACCUCCAACAAAUACUGAAACAUUAUUAUCGUCAAAUGCUAAAUUCCAAACGAUAUCAGCCCUAGCAGUUACACCAGACGGUGUGCUCAAUGUCGUUGAUCAAGGUUCACUGCACAUCUUAGCAUUGAAACAUUACUUACCUUCACACGAUGAAAACGGAGAGUUCAGGAUUCCAUAUCCACCGACAUCGGAAGUUUACGUAUUCAACCGUUAUGGUCAGCAUAUUACCACCAAGGAUUUAACUUCUGGAAAAACAAGAUAUUCAUUCCUAUAUUCCAAGAACACGAGUUUCGGAAAACUUUCCACUGUAACGGAUGCAUCUGGCAACAAAAUACAACUGCUUCGUGAUUAUAGUAAUAUAGUUAGUUCCAUAGAAAAUACACAGGACCACAAACUUGAAUUGAAGAUAUCUGGAAUUGGAUAUCUGACGAAAAUAACAGAAAAAGGAUCAGCUGAGUUAGAAUUUGAUUACGACGCUAACUCAGGAUUACUAAACAGUCGAACUGGGGCUGGUGAUACAGUUAUCUACGACUAUGACGAACUUGGCCGCGUUACUAAGAUAAUAAUGCCAUCCGGCGAGCAAGUACAUAUUACAUCGGGAUUAGCUAAAAACUAUGGACUCGCAGUUACAGUCUCCAAUCCUGCUAGUACCAUACCUGUGGGAGUGGCCAAGAAGUGCGAAUAUGUCUUACAUGGACAAUCCUUCAAACAAAUAACGAUAAAUAAUGGAAAACAAGUUAUAGAAGGAAGAAUUUACUCUAACAAUACCUUAUUGCUUGAUACUCCUUGGUCCGGUAAAUUCGAAAGCAUAGCUGCUGCUAAACAUCCUUUACUGGAAGCAGCUUUACCCAUUGAGGCUGAAAUGCUUCGUAUGUGGUCACAUCAAACCACUACAUUUGGCGACGGUCUUAUCAACAAUAUGUAUUCGUUAUACACUUUAGUAGGAGACGUAAGAAACCCACAACAAACACUUAAUCGCGAAAUAUGGGUGAAUGACUCAAGGGUUUUAAUCAUCGAAUUCGAUCAAUUUAAGAGCAGGGAAACUUUCUUCAACGCUGAUAGAAAUCCUCUCUUCACAAUUGCCUAUGACGUUGCUGGUUUACCAUUAUCCUUCACACCUCAUGGAGCUGGAGUACCACUCAAUAUUUCCUACGAUCGAUUCUAUAGAAUAAAUGGAUGGAAGUGGGGUGUAACCGAAGAAUCCUAUAGCUAUGAUCCUCACGGCAUGCUCUCUGAAAUUACGAGCCCUCAAGAUGGUACAAAAUUCAUUUACUAUAAUGAAGGUAAUCUCGUCUCAAAAAUAUCCUUAGCUAGCCAACGAAGUUUCACAUACAAAUACGAUAAAGACGGUGGCCUAACUCAUGUUAUUUUACCAUCUGGAACGAAUCAUUCGUUCAGCGUUCAGCCUUCAAUUGGAUUCUUAAGAGUAACCUAUACGCCACCUGGCUCUUCUAAGAAAUAUUUACAACAUUAUUCUCAUACUGGAGAAUUAUUGCAAACCGUCUUCCCUGGUGACGGUGCUAGAAUAAUAUACCGUUACUUCACAACGAACAAAGUAUCCGAAGUUGUCCAUGGAGAUGGUCAGACACAAAUACAUUAUGCAGAAAAUAGUGGCUUACCUUCUGAAAUAUUACACGUGGAUCGAGAGGUAGACUAUCGUUGGGAAUCAACGUAUGUUGGCGGAUUAUUAGUUGAAGAAAGAUUAGAUUAUGGAGCUAAAACUGGUCUUAGUAAUGCCAAAAUAAUUUACGAAUACGACAAUAACUACCGAACCAUUGCUGUACAAGGUCGUAUUGGUGGACAAACUUUAAUACCAUACCACAUUGUUUACAAUAGUAAAACUGGUGCACCGGAAUUAUUGGGACAAUUCACAGUAUCAAAACAAAAAUGGAAUGAAACAUCUGUGUACGAUGGCAUCGCCAUGUUCUCGCGUACUCUUAAUGAGCAAUUCUUAGAAAAAGAAAUUACAGUUAAUAUUCACAGAAUGGAAGUUUUCAGGAUGGAAUUCUAUUAUGAUAGGCACGGUAGAAUAUCACAAACAAGAACUCAUACGCGUAAUGUUGGAGUAAAUACAUACACGAAUGUGAAAAACUAUACGUGGGAUUGCGAUGGUCAACUCACAGGUGUGGAAGCUCAAGAACCUUGGGGUUUCAGAUACGAUGACAAUGGAAAUAUGUUAUCCUUAACAUACCGAGGGAAUACUAUACCUAUGGAGUAUAAUGAUAUGGAUAGAAUAAUUAAAUUCGGUGAAGGUCAAUAUCGGUAUGAUAGCAGGGGUCUAGUAUGGCAGAAUGCUAGGGAAGAAAAAUUCCAAUAUAAUUCCAAAGGCUUAUUAAUUAGAGCUACUAAACGUGGAAGAUUCGACGUCCGCUAUUAUUACGACCACCUUGACAGGUUAUCUACCAGGAAAGAUAAUUUUGGAAAUGUAACACAAUUCUUCUACACGAACAAAGCCAAACCACUUGAAGUUAGUCAUAUUUAUUCCCCUCGAGAAAACAGAUUUAUUACUUUAGUUUAUGAUGACCGUGGUCAUAUUAUUUACAUGCAGGUUGCUCGACAUAAAUAUUACAUUGCAACUGACCAAUGCGGAACACCGGUAAUGGUAUUCAAUCAAUAUGGAGAAGGAAUAAGAGAAAUCAUGAGAUCACCAUAUGGUCACAUAGUAUAUGACUCAAAUCCAUAUUUAUAUUUGCCUGUAGACUACUGUGGUGGACUUCUAGAUCAAGUUACAUCUUUAGUUCAUAUGUCAAAUGGGAAAGUAUACGAUCCGCUGAUAGGACAGUGGAUGUCUCCAUUGUGGGAGAGUCUUAUUGAAAGAAUUCACGACCCCACUCACCUGCACCUUUACAGAUUUAAUGGAAACGACCCUAUUAAUGUCAGGCCGCAAAAUAAAAAGCCAACUGAUCAUUUAUCUUGGUUAGAAUUAUUGGGGUAUGAUACUAAGAGUCUUGCACCUCAACUGUAUCCGGAUGAAUUGCCAGGUGGCUCUGUCUUGCCAAGAAUACCUCAAGGACGACCAAUAUGGGGAAUGGCUCCCGAUUUAAGUGGUCCAGGCCUUCCUUAUGCAACGUCACUUCUGCCGAGCGUUAGCAUCGAAUCAGGAUUUUUGUCACACAUGUCAAACAAAAGAAUUGCCGACUUCCGCAGUCUAUCGAUACCCGCUAUGUCUGCUCUCAAAGCUGACGCACUCGAUCUCACUCCUAAGCGGAUCGGUACCGAUUCUGAACCUCCCUUCGGACGAGGCAUUUUAGUUUCAAGAAAUUCACGCGGUAGAGCGGUGGUCACAACUGUGCCUUCGGCUAACGCUAUCUAUCGCGACGUAUACACAUCAGUAUUUAAUCGAUCUCAUUUACUGCCCUUCUCGUUCGUGGUGCACGGUGACCAACAAGACGUCUUCUAUUUCGUCAAGGAAGAAACUUGGCGCGCCGCCGACGAUAAGCAACAGUUGAAACGAAUGCAGGGCAAGCUCAAUGUCACAUUCCACGAAGUGGCAGAAGGCGGACGCUCAUACGCAGACGUGAAGAUUCACGGCCAAACGAGUAUCGUCAACUUACGAUACGGUACUAGUGCCGAACGGGAGAAACAGCGCCUUCUGCAUCACGCCAAAGCGUCCGCCAUCAGGAAGGCGUGGCACCGGGAGCGCGAGAUCCUGCGCGCCGGCAUGGGCGGGUCGAUGGAGUGGUCGGCGGCGGAGCUGGACGAGAUCCAGAAGGCGGGGUCGGCGGGCGCGUACGAGGGCGAGUACGUGCACGACGUGGCGCGCUACCCCGAGCUGGCGGAGGACCCGUACAACGUGCGCUUCGUGGCGCGGCGCGGGGGGCGCGGGGGGCGCGCGGAGCGGCGGCGGCGGAAGCGCGCCGACUGCCGCGCGCCCUGGUGGCUCGCCUGGGACGACCUCUGCUAGUCACGCCGCCAUCCAUAUGCCAAAUCGAGUGAAUGCGAUCUAUGUGUCUAGUGUGUGCGUGAAUGGUGACGGACGCGUGUGCGAGUGUAAAAAUAUAUUUUGUAAAUAGUAUCUAUUAAUUGUUAAUUGUUGAUGUAUGUAUGUAGACGCGAAUCCCUAUCGCUGUGUAAAUAUAAAAUUUUAUUUGCAGGGAGAGAAUGGACCUUUUGAGAGGACUGAUAUUAAAUUAAAUAAAUAUAAUGUAUUGUAUGUAUAAAUAAGAUUUAUGUGAAUAUGAAAUUAUUUAUACUUAUUUAUCGGUAAAAAAGCUUCGAUCGUGUCCAAUGUUCUUAUAAAUUUAGAUGAAGACUAUUUGAAAGAAUAAUAAAAAGGCAUACUUUUUUAACCAAA